AUGAAGCUCCAUACUGCAGUUAUCCUGGUCAUCUUCUGGCUUGGUGUCUUCACCGUGCACACAGCAAAAGGAAGCGUUGGAAGUCAACCAAUGCGCAAAUUUGCUUGUGUAAAUCUAUCUACACAGAAACUGGACAUCAGACAGCUUGUCAACUACGAAAAGCAACAAGUUCCAUUAAACGCUGUCAUGUUUAUCACUGCAAAAGGUAUCAAGAUCUGUGUACACCCUGAUCAGAAAUGGGUGCAGGUUGCUAUGAAGAGAAUAGACCAAAAACGUACCGCCAAAAAAAAAUAA